AACAACAAAAAGAAUUGAUUAAAGCUAUGGAAACACCAGAAGAAAAACGAUUUAGACGUUUGAUGAAAAAAGAAAUUAAAGAAAGAAAAAGAAAAGAAUUAAUGGGUUGGGAUAAUGAUUAUCUUCACUAUACAAAUGCUGAUAAUCCAUUUGGAGAUGCAAAUUUGCUUUCUACAUUUGUGUGGGAUAAAAAAAUGGCCAAAGAUGGUCUGAUAGGUGUUAGUAAUGAAGAACUUGAGUUAAGAAAUAGACAAAAAAUGGAAGAAAAUAAACGAGAACUAGAAAAAGUGAAAAAAAGACGAAUGGAAAGGGAAAUGGAAAGGCAACAGAGAGAUGAAGAGAUGGCAUUAUUACAAAGAAGUAAAGAAGCUGCACAAUUUAAAGAAUGGGAAAAAAGUGAAGAUCAAUUUCAUUUACAACAGGCUCGCUUGCGUUCUACUAUACGUAUUGAAGAUGGCAGAGCCAAACCAAUUGAUCUGCUUGCUAAGUAUAUUAGUACUGAAGAAGAAGUAGAUGCUGUUGAAAUGCAUGAACCUUAUAUUUACUUAAAUGGUUUAAGAUUAAAAGAUUUAGAAGAUCUAGUAGAAGAUAUUAAAGUUUACAUGGAACUAGAAAAAGGGAAAAAUUUUGACUACUGGAAUGACAUAACUGUUAUAGUUGAAGAUGAAUUACAUAAAAUUAGAAAAAUACAAAAAGAAUCUACUUAUACUGCUGUUGGUCGAAGAGAAGGAAUUCAUCAGUCAGUUGCUCAUGAAGUUGCUCAUAUUUUCAGAGGUAAAACUGCAGAGCAAUUAGACCAGUUAAAAACACAAAUUGAAAAAAAAAUCAAUAGUAAAGCUGAAGGUGUUGAUAUUGGUUAUUGGGAAACUUUAUUGUCACAACUUAAAGCUCAUGUUGCAAGAGCUCGACUUAGAGAUCGUCAUCAAGAAAAUCUAAAGAAAAAACUUGAAGUGCUUAAAGCACAACAAAAAAUGGAAGAAUCACAAUUCGAUCCUGAAGAAGGAACUAGUAGUCACAAUUAUCAUGAUCAAAUUGUCAAAACUGAUCUGUCAUCAAACCGUAAUGAACCAUCAACUUCAAAUAAAUCUCCAAUAAGAAAUGAAAAAUGUGAAAAUUCUGCAGAUGAUAUUAGUGAUGCUGAACAAGAGGCUAGAAACAUAAUAGAAGAAUGUACUGCAGAUUAUGAAGCUUGUGGGUAUAGUCCAUCAUAUAUUUCUCCCAACAGUUUGGAACCCGGCACUCUAGUUGUAUCUGAACUUGAUGACAAUAAACGACUAACAUUUGCUCGACUACAAGUGCAAGGCACAGGAACAAGGAUUGAAAAUGUCAUGGCUGCAGAAGAAAUUGCUUUACAAAAAGAAGCUAGAAAAGGAAUGACAAAUGAGGAAGCCGAAUUCUCAGUAGAGUCUGAAUUGGACCAUCAAGUAUACUUGUGGUCAGAUAAGUAUAGACCUAGAAAACCUAGAUAUUUCAAUAGGGUGCAUACUGGAUUUGAGUGGAAUAAAUAUAAUCAGACUCAUUACGAUAUGGAUAAUCCACCGCCAAAAAUUGUUCAAGGUUACAAGUUUAAUAUAUUUUAUCCAGAUUUAAUAAACAAGGGUUCGACUCCACAAUAUUUCUUGACUGCUUGUGGAGAUAAUCCAGAAUUUGCUGUUUUGCGAUUUCAUGCUGGUCCACCAUAUGAAGAUAUUGCAUUUAAAAUUGUUAACAGAGAAUGGGAAUAUUCUUACAAAAGAGGAUUUCGUUGUCAAUUUCAUAACAAUAUUUUUCAACUAUGGUUUCAUUUCAAGCGUUACCGAUAUAGAAGAUAAUUACAAGCUUUUUUUUUUUAAUUUCUAUGUUUGUAUAUAUAUAUAUAUACUAAUAAAAUAACAAUUUAUAUGGAAC